AUGUCUACAGUACGGUCUCUCGGCCUGCACGAAUCGCCGGCCAUCCCAUUUCUCAUCGCGGAGGAUCUUUUGCCCCCCGAACCAUCAGAGAAGCUCUACUCAUGGUCAACGUCCGUUGAUACGGGCCCGGACGGUCCUGUUGAGGACGAGUUAGUAUGGACAAAAAGCUGUGUGGUAUGGUCUCGGGCGGGCGUGAUCCAGAGGGUCUUCCGGUUAGAUCUCGAGAAGGAGGAUAUACGGCAUGCUUUGUUGACAAAUUUUGCCGUGAGCAAAGUCAAACGAACCAGCGGCGGGUCUUCUACAGCAUCGCAUAAGACGAACAGUCAUUCAGAUCAGCCCAGCGACACGGAAUCAUCAGAGGGCACAGAAGCAAGGGGAAGAACAUCCAGCAAAGACUCAUCACGAGCAUUAGUCGCCAUUCUCAAGUCGCAAGCUCAUAUCUUCUUCCUGGAGGGCAACAGCCAUGUCGUUCCUCUACCAUUCGAGGUCGACUCGGUAUUUGCGACACCUCGUGGUUUACUAUUGCAGAGGAAGGUUGCCGACGAGAAUCACACUAGUGGCCACCCAAUGGCGCCACCGAAUUCAUUCUUGUCAUUCUCCCAGGACUUUCGCGCUUCUCAGUCUUCAGGCAAGGCGCAACGAGCGUCAUUGAGCACCAUUCCAGCUCAAAGCCCUGGCUGGAAGCCCCGUACAAACAAGCGUGCAGAUCUCCCUAGGGUAUUCUCUCUUAUGGACCCCCAUUCGGAGAUGGGCUUGGUCGUAACGAAUCAAGCUUCUCGAUGGCUACAAACGAGCAGGUUGAGUAGACCAUCUGGAUAUGAUGUCCUUGACCCUGCAGACGAGAUCAUCUACGUCUCCCCCCGCGAUGAACUAUCAGGAACAUACCUUGCCAAUCCGAAAACUCCCCUUAUCCUCGUUUUGACUGUCAAUACCACUACCGGGUUGUAUACACUUUGGCACGCGCGUUAUCGGGAGAGCGAGACUGUCCCGUCUUCAAAGAAAAAAAGACGCCGCGAAACCGGCGGCACUCGCUCUAAGAGGCGUAGCUCCCAUUUUGGAAUGACCCCAGGGACAACAACGCCGGGUGCGCGCUCUACCACCGCGAGAGAGAGCUUUGGCCCAAGGGGUGAUAACUGGAACGCAUCUGUCAUGUCUCACUCGCAGUACUCUACUGAAGGAAGACCAGAUGACGAUGAGGAUGAUUUUGCUUCUAAGUUGGGUCAGGAGUUCACCGAAAUCGGUGUUCCCUCGAAGACUUCCAGACGAGUGAGCUCGAUGUUAGCCCGUGCGGACCUAGCGACCAGCCAGGAUAGGAUUGCGUUCUCUGAUCUUGCGACAGGGAGCCAGUCGAGCACAAUUUAUCCAUCGGGCUUGCGGCAGUCAAUAGGGGCAGGCAGCGCCCGCGGUAGCUUUGGCUUCAAUCCAAGGGGUUCCUUACCACCUGGAGCCGGUUCCGUUUACAGCACCACAAGCAGCUUUGUCGACCCCCCUGCAGACAAACUCCUGGAGGAGUUGAAUAAUGAAAGUCUCUUCGAAGGAAUGGAGAAUAUGAAUCUCAAAGAGUCAGGUUCCGGUCUUCCCGAAGAGGUCUUUCUGUUUAAAGUGGAAAGCUUUUCUUCAAAGUUCUCUGGAAGCUUUCUGGCGCCAUCGAAGUUGAAGUCAUCCAGGAAAUUGAAAGUGGUAACCAUAUGCCCGACGGACUACGCGUCCGCGCACAGUGGGAGCUCGACGCCGGUGGCUCUCUAUUUGGUGGAUCAAGAGGCGAAAUCUUUGACCGUCGUCAGCAUACGAGCUGAGAGUGUGAAGAAGCCGACGAAAGAUGCUGUGUUCUCGAAGAGGUCCAAAGUUAAGCCGGCCACUGAUGAACGCACUAUACUCGUACAAGCAACCGGCAUUCAGCAUGCCUCGGGAACGUUAGAUGUAUGCAAGGUGGUAGACGGAGGUCUCUCGCGAAUUAUCACCCUGAGUGUGACCGACACUGGGAGUUCGAUCCUACAGUUACAGAUGCAGUGGAACAGCCCUCUAGUCCUUGACCUGCCUGACAAGUUCCUGUUGCAUGAAACCGAUGCGCUUUCCUCCAUCAUGACUGUCAAUCUUCCUCGAGAAGGGGGCAUGAAACGCGUUAUGACUGAUUCCUCAAUUACCAUAGUUGGCCUGGACCAUUCUGCUGCUGACGGCAAGUUCGACGUAAUAGAUUCGGCGAAGCGAAGGCAUAAGCUUCAGAUUCGUAUGGAACCCACAAAUGUCCUGGUUCAGAAAGCAUUUAGUGUGUGCCGAUUUGCUUUGGGUGGUUACUUUCCUGACAAGGUGGCCGACGGGCUUUUGAUAGGCUGGUGGGAAACCAUGAAAUGGCUUCAGGAACGGGAAACGGGCGAGAACGACCUUGAGUGGACUGCGCUGGUGAUUACUCUCUUUGCACAAGCCAUUCCAUUCAUUGAAGGUGACUACUCCGGGACCACGGCCAGGCAGACUCGCAGAAAAAGAGGCCUCCUGAGGUCUAGCAGUGGUAGCUAUGUUGACACGGAGAGCUGGGAAUCUAUGCUAGAUCAAGAGUCCGGGUCCUCUGGGGUGGUAGCCCCUUGGAUGAACACUGCCUCUUGGGAUUGGAUUGUCGAGCAAGAUGCUGAAGACGACAGCACGGCCAGCAACGGGAGAAAGUUUCACAAAGAAACGCCCCCGUCUAGUCGCUCUACCUGCCGCAAAAACACCUAUCUUCUCCGGUGCGCCGCACUAACCAGGGAGUUUCUACGAAGCCCUCGGGGCAAUAUGGCGAUUGGAAGCGACGGCCAUCUUCGCAAGGCACUCGUCAACAGUGAACAUUCAAAGCACACUCCCAUAUGUACCAUUCUAGUUGCUUUGCACCUCCUUCGAGAGGAGCAGAAGCUGUCAGCGUGUGAUGAAGAGCAAUCACACAAAUCAUUGGGCCUCCUUGCCCCAGUCCUAGCACAGCUGGGUGGGUGGCUUGGAUGGUCCUCCUGGAAUUGGACGAAGGAUUCCUACUAUGGACUUGAAAUCGCUAGCAUAGGCCGCUGGCAAUUUGAGGAUACUCGGAUGGCCGGAUCGAAACUUCCUGUUGAACCGCUUGCACCCCCUUCAAUCUACGCGUUCUUAGAAAAGGCCUGGCGUGGAGAACCCUGUCAUUUCUGGAGUUUACUUAACCUCAUCAACUCUGAUGAUCACCCAAGGAGAGGAAGGAUGUGGCAGUGGUGUUCCACUCUGACUCCGAGGUCUCUUGCGCUCGAAGGGUUCGUCCACGAAAUGCACGAUAAAUCAAGUGUUUUUGAACGGAUACAACUUCUUCAUCGCUGGGGACUGACGCGCAGCGUUAUUGAGACAUUCCCAGCGGGCGUCAGCACGCCCUUGUACGAGGCUAUUCUCCAGUCGCAGACCCAUGCUUCGACCUCGUGGAACUCAUCUCUCUUGGAACUAAUUGACCGAGACGACCUGAACAUCUCAAUGAGUCAAUUAAGUACCGCUCGUCCGCCUCCGCCGUCCCAGCCCAAUGCCUCCCACGAUUCUAUGCGUGACUAUCAUCAUAUCAGCAAUUCUGCACUGGAUAUUGAUGCGAUCAACUCGUUUGAAGCUUCCGCUGAAGCUGAUCGCUUUUCAGUAACAAGACUGAUCUUCCGCGAGGACAAGCGCUUCAUUGAAGCCGCGCGGUUACUAAACCAGUCCAAGGCCCCUGCAGCAGAGUGCACCCCGGAACCAGAGUGGACUGACUCGGAUCUGCUUGAGGCACAAAAAGAGGUGGUACAGUUAGUUACCCUGCGGACGUUGUCCAUCCCGACUGGGCGUGCCAUGCUCGCUUUUAGUGGUCGCCUUCCUCUCCUCACUGAGAAGCUCCCAAUACCAUCAUUCUCGUUGCAAUGCGUGAUGAAACCUUCAAACGUGACUAUAAGUGCAGAUAGAGCCUCCUUCCACGAGGAGAAGAUUUGCUGGGCCUUCUUCCACAACGGAGUUUCCACUGGCCUCGCUAUUUCGAGAAACUCGAGGGGAAUUGACACAUCGUGGAUUCUGUUUAACAAGCCCCAAGAAUUGACGAACCGGCAUGCUGGUUUCCUUUUGGCGCUGGGUCUUAACGGACAUUUGCGGUCUCUGGCUAAAUGGGUGGCUUUCAAGUACCUGACUCCCAAACAUACAAUGACUUCAAUCGGUCUAUUGCUUGGUUUAUCUGCGUCCUACCUCGGCACAAUGGACACACUGGUCACUCGACUGCUGUCCGUACAUGUAACCAGGAUGCUCCCUAUGGGAGCCGCAGAGCUCAACCUAUCACCGCUGACGCAGACGGCGGGAAUCAUGGGUAUAGGCCUCUUGUACUGCAAUUCUCAACAUCGGCGAAUGAGUGAAGUUAUGCUCUCAGAGAUUGAGAAUUCGGAUGCGGAGGAAGGCUCCGCUACUCACGAGGGUUUUCGUGAUGAGGGGUAUCGGCUAGCUGCAGGAUUUGCCCUUGGAUUCAUUAACCUAGGAAAGGGCCAAGACCUAAAGGGAAUGCGAGAUAUGCACAUAGUUGAGAGAUUACUCGCUGUCGCGGUGGGUACUAAGAACGUCGAUCUAGCUCACGUCCUUGACCGAGCAACGGCUGGAGCGACGAUUGCUCUAGCGAUCAUCUUCAUGAAGACCAACGAUGAGACUCUCGCCCAAAAGGUGGAUAUUCCCGACACCACAGUCCGCUUUGAUUAUGUACGACCGGAUCUCUUCCUUCUCCGCACGCUCGCGCGACAUGUCAUCAUGUGGGACCGUAUCCAGGCCUGUGAUGAUUGGUUUAUAGAGAGUCUCCCAGAAGUAUACCGCCGCCGCUACCGUCUGACUGGUGUGCGACGUCUGAAAAGCAACGAUAUGCCGUUCUUCAACAUCAUUGCCGGUCUUUGUUUCGCCCUUGGGUUACGGUUCGCUGGCUCGCCGGACCCAAUAGUCCGUGAUAUCCUCCUUUCUUACCUCGACCAGUUCAUCCGCAUCUCUCGCCUUCCAACAGCCAGCUACGAUGCAAGGCUGGCUCGAAACUCGGUCCGCCACUGCCAAGAUGUCGUUGCAUUGUCCCUGGCGGCCGUCAUGGCAGGAACGGGAGACUUGGCUUUGUUCCGGCGUCUACGUUCUCUUCACGGUCGGGUGGAUCCUGAUACACCAUACGGAAGCCAUAUGGCCGCUCACAUGGCUAUUGGAAUGCUGUUCUUGGGCGGAGGAAGCUAUACAUUAGGCACUUCGAACCUCGCAACCGCGUCUUUAAUCUGCUCCCUUUAUCCUAUCUUCCCAACAACGGUGCUCGACAACAAAUGCCACCUGCAAGCCUUCCGUCACUUAUGGGUCCUUGCCGCAGAACCACGCUGCAUAAUUCCCCGUGAUCUUGAUUCUGAACGACCGGUAUCGAUGCCGAUUACCAUAACAAACACCAACGGCCUCAGUGACACCUUCACUGCUCCCUGUUUACUACCUGACCUGAGUCGCAUAGCCAAGGUGGAAGUCCUCUGUCCAGACUAUUGGCCGCUAGUCCUAGAUUUCACCUCCAAUCCAGAAGUCCGCGAGAAAUUCCAACGAGGCGACCAGUCGAUCUACCUACGCCGAAAAGCAACCUACAACCCAACCGGCUCCUCUUUCUUCUGCUCCACACUAGCCGGACUGAGCAGCGCCCAAGAUAUCCUUUCUUCAUCUUCCACCUCAGCCUCUAACCAGGGCAAGGGUCUACCACCCUCCGCUCUACCGGACGUCUCCGCCCUCCUCGCCAAGAACUCCCACCGAUUUACAGCGAGACCCGCAACCCAGAGUAUCUGGGACUGGAUCUUCCAGUUAGACUCCCUGGACGGCCUCCUAGACGCUCGGGAGAAGGAACUCGUCCUCCCAUCCUCCUUCCCUACACGGCCGCGCUCAUCCCCUACCCCGCACGAUGCCCCCUGGCUUCGUCAGUCCGCUGUAGACAGCAAACUCCUCACCGAGCGGACCGUGCAAAACGUCAUACAAGCGGCGACAGGCCGCGGUGCUAGCCCGGACGAAGUGCGAGACCGGCUCUGGCAGCUGAGAUUGCUUUUUGCUUGGAUAGACGCUGGCUCCUCUUUCCCGUCAGAGAACGAUGGGGAGAAGGGUGAUGGAGAGGAGUUGGGGUCUGCGUCGACGAGCGGGCUCUGGCUGAGGAAGGAUUAUAUUGAGGAGUUGAGAUGGAAGAUUUGGGGGGUUCAGGCUGGUGGGGAAAGAGGGUUUUAG